CUCUUAGUACUCAUUAUCUGUCACAGUGUGUGUGAACAACAGCGCAGAGGACUGUGCCUCGUGUAUGUGAUCAAGGAUACCUCAUUAGAAGAAUCAAAGCACACUUAACAUGACUGCUGUUUAUCGUCUGGUCAUCGUACGCCACGGCGAGAGCACGUGGAACCAGGAGAACCGCUUCUGUGGCUGGUUUGAUGCUGACCUCAGCGAGAAGGGUAUGGAGGAGGCCAAGCGCGGUGCCCAGGCCAUCAAAGAGGCCAGCAUGAAGUUUGACGUGUGCUACACCUCCGUGUUGAAGCGUGCUGUCAAAACUCUCUGGACCAUCAUGGAGAUAACGGACCAGAUGUGGCUGCCCGUGGUGCGGUCCUGGCGCUUGAACGAGCGUCACUAUGGAGGCCUGACAGGCCUGAACAAAGCAGAGACAGCAGCCAAGCACGGAGAGGAGCAAGUGAAAAUCUGGAGACGCUCCUUCGACAUCCCCCCUCCGCCCAUGGACAAGGACCAUCCCUACCACAAGAUCAUCAGUGAGUCAAGGCGCUAUAAAGGUCUAAAGGAGGGUGAGCUGCCCAUUUGUGAGAGCUUGAAGGACACCAUCGCACGUGCACUGCCCUUCUGGAAUGACGUUAUCGUACCUGAAAUCAAAGCUGGCAAGAAUGUCCUCAUUGCUGCCCAUGGCAACAGCCUGCGUGGCAUUGUGAAGCACUUAGACAACAUGUCAGAUGCAGCUAUCAUGGAGCUGAACCUGCCCACUGGUAUCCCCAUCGUCUAUGAGCUGGACAAGGACCUGAAGCCUGUGAAGCCCAUGCAGUUCCUCGGGGAUGAGGAGACGGUGCGUAAGGCCAUGGAGGCCGUGGCUGCUCAGGGCAAGGUGAAGAAGUGAGACCAGCAAGAGACACCAAGACUAAAACCUUCCCGAUGCUGAAACACUCUCUGUCCUCCCAGUUCAUUCCAUCAUGGGCCCACUAAUGACUCAUCACAGAAUCAGAUCUUUUCAGUGUCACAGGAAGAAUGGGCCUACCUGCUCCCCUUUCUCCAACCGCAUGUUUACAUUACAUCCUGAAGCACAGCCCACUGCUGAUUCAUAAAUCCCUUGUGUUGGGGUGCAGCCACUCUGACACAGCAAAUAAAACUCACAGCCAUUUUGUGUA